CUACGAUUAGGCCAGUUGAAAUAUUUUAAGCUAGGUGUAGCAGUGGGUUGUCGUGUUAUCUAGACAGGUGUACUUUGUAGAGCCGUGAUGGUGUUGGUCUCCUCUAUGAUACAGUCGGGUCUUCAGGCCGUGCUAAGACCGGGUGUGUGGGUGCCCGGGAUACGUGAUCUACACCGGCACCGUGAGAGCUGGCGGACGAAGAUUCCCGCGAGAGACUUCAUGAAGUUGACCCUCACAGCUUUGGAAACUCUUAUCAAAUCUGACACAAAGGGAACUUACUACGAUAUUCACAAGCUGGACGAGCAAGAGUGUUUCAUCCGUAUUUUAGUGUUUACUUGGGCGGAAUGGCUGGACGUAGUGGAAAUACAAUUUUACGACAACCAAGCCGAGGUGUAUUCUUUCUCAUCCGGGUUCCUACCAGUGUGCGUUCCGUUCGCCUUUGUUCUCAAUGCUGUGUUGUGCUUCAUUCCCUUUAGCGAUCUCAAUUUGAACAAGGAAAGAAUCGACCAAUUACGUCGUGCCAUGGGCAUAGAUAUUGAAGUCAACUGAACUGGUAACUGCACCAGCAACCGAGGAAACUGUAACCUAAUACGGGGUUGUCGAGUUAUGACAUUACAACAUUAAAGCUCGGUAUAAGGCAAAUCGAUGCAAUUUAACAUAUGCGGACGUAUACAUUAAUCAAUGUUAUCCAUUAUAUUAAAGUCAGGAAGUUUAAGUCAUCUCUACUGGAAAACUUUCAUAAAUAUGUCAAAAUGCACUGAUUUGCAGCACGUCCCAGUACAAAGGGACGUCACUCUGAUGUCGUGGCGUCGAAACUCGCGUAUCGUAUAUUAUGGAUACCUGUGUACACUUUACGACCUGGAAAUGCACGAUUAGUUAUCGACAGGAUAGCGGAGCUUUACAACAAAGUGCGCCCUGCUACAACUGAGUGCUCACCACGGCUAACUGGAAUUACAGAGUUUCACACGACACGAGUGACAGUUACGCUGUGUAUGACUACGUAUGACGAAAUCACCUGUUGCUGAGGCUGUUGUACAAUUUGUGAUGGGGAACAUGUGCUGAACAACUGUGUGGACAAACAGGUGGGCCCCAUGUAAUUGUGUCAACGGAGAAAUGGACCCCGUGUGAAGGUGUCAGCGGAGAAGUGGACCCCCGUGUGAUGGUGUCAUCGGGCAGUGGACCCACAGCUAUCCGAAAGAUUAAACGGCUGGAAUACUGUUGAAAGUUUACCAAUGCCGGCUUUGACAUGUUACAGUUUUAGGAAAUUGGUGGAAAAAUAAGGUAGGAUUCGAGCUGGGAUGUUUUUAGUGAAAUUGUCCGCGUGGAAGUCUAUUUGACCUAAAGUGGACUCCAUGUGAGGAUAUCAGCGGAGAAGUGCACCCUGUGUAAGGGUGUCAGCGGACAAGUGGAACCCGCGUGAUGGUAUCAGCGGAGAAGUGCACCCUGUGUAAGGGUGUCAGCGGACAAGUGGGACCCGCGUGAUGGUGUCAGUGGACAAGUGGGACCCGCGUGAUGGUAUCAGCGGACAAGUGGGACCCGCGUGAUGGUGUCAGUGGACAAGUGGGACCCGCGUGAUGGUAUCAGCGGACAAGUGGGACCCGCGUGAUGGUGCCAUUGGACAAGUGGGACCCGCGUGAUCAGCGGAGAAGUUCACCCGCGUGUAAGGGUGUCAGCGGACAUGUGGGACCUGCGUGAUGAUAUCAGCGGAUGUAGAUUUGCCUUGAUAACUGUUCUUUUCAUCCAGAGACAUUUUGAUCUCAAUUUCAGAACAUCGAUGAUGAGUGAUUUACUCUUUACCGGGUAUAAACGCAUAGGUAGGGAAAUUUAAGUAAUAUUUGAUCCAAGCACAAAAGUUAUUUUCUCUGAUUCCGUCGCCAUGCACAUAUCCAUAUUU